UUUCACAUCGUACUGCAUGUAGAUCUCCCCCUUGCUAUAUAAUGAGCACACUGACCUGCAUAAAAAACCGAACCUGCCCUCAAGGUCCUUUCUCUUCGUCCAGCUCGAUCUAUCUCUGAUCUUACGACCAAUUGGAGCUCAAUUGGUCAUAUAUAGUCAAGAUGUUCAGCCGACUAGCCUCAGCUGCCGUGCUAGCAGCUUCACUAAGUGCUGUUUCGGCUCAGUACUACCAACGCCUCGGUACCUGCCCCACGCUUGGCUGCGUGCUCCCUCCCGACCAGCAGGAUUUUCUUCCCGGCCAGUAUUUCGACCUGCGUCUCGAGGUUCACGCCCCUGUCAAUGGCUCUGAAGCAUUCAACGGUGGCGUGCCCGAUGAAGAGUUCACCGUAAGCAUCACGAAGGAGGGCGGCGAGGCGAAGAGCAUCACCGAGUUCUUCAGCGUUGAGGAACCCAAGAUCGAGAAGUGGACCUUCAAGUGGUUUGAGGACUUGUACGCAGAGGACCUCAAGACUCCCUCCGUCGUGAAUGUCGCAUCCAAGAUCUACAGACGAUUGGCCUUGUACGAGCCUGGUACUUACACGGUUACCCUGCACUACUAUGGCGGCGAGACUACUACUGCUGAAUGGGUGGUCCGCCCACUGGCGACAUCAAAGAAGGCCAAGAACGUCAUUCUAUUUAUCGGUGAUGGCAUGACGACGAAUAUGAUCACUGCCGCUCGUCUGCUAGGCCACAAGAGCAUCAAUGGAAAAUACCAGUCGACCCUGCAGUUGGACAAGUUUCCCGUCGUUGGUCACCAGAUGACUCACUCUAUUGACAGUUUCAUUACUGACAGUGCUAACUCCGCCUCGGCUCUCUACUCUGGUCACAAGUCUACAGUCAAUGCUAUGGGUGUCUACGCGGACUCCUCGCCUGACUUGUAUGAUGAUCCCAAAGUUGAGACCAUCAUCGAGCUUCUGAAGCGAAUUUGGGGAUCCUCUUGGGGCGCUGUCUCAACCGCCUUCCUGGCUGAUGCUACGCCGAUCGCCCUCACUGCUCACACCCGUUCCCGAUAUGCCUACGGUCCCUUGAUCGACCAGGCUCUCAACUCGGUGACCAACUAUACAUGGACUGACCACGGCGGUCCGGACGUCUACUUCGGAGGUGGCGCUGAGCAGUUCCUUCCCGGCUCUGGAUCUUACCAGGGCAAGGAUUAUUACGCCGCUUUCGCCGAGGCCAACUACACAAUUGCCCAGAACAAGACCAGUCUCGCCAGCCUGUCCAACACUGAAAAGGCUCUCGGUGUCUUCUGUAAAUCCAACCUGCCAGUCUGGCUGGACCGCAACGUCCUGACAGACAACCUUAAGAGCUUUAGCAACGACCCGAAUGGUGCAAAGGCCCCCGCCCUGGACCUUCCAGGCCUGAAGGAGAUGACUCUCAAGGCUAUUGACAUUCUACACGAGCGUAGCGGCGACAAGGGGUUCUUCCUCAUGUCCGAGGCUGCUUCCAUUGACAAGCAGAUGCACACAUUGGAUUACGACCGUGCUCUUGGUGAUCUGCUUGAGCUUGACGACACGGUCCGUGCCACAGUUGACCACCUGAGGGAGAUUGGCGAGCUCGAGAGCACUCUCAUCAUUGUCACUGCCGAUCACGGUCACGGUUUCGAUGUCUUCGGUGGCGUAGACACCAAGUACCUAUCCGAGCAGGACACGGCCCGCGAGAAGCGCCGCGCCGUCGGUGUCUACCAGAACUCGGGCUUGUCUCAGUACACCGUCGAGAAGCCCGGCAUCAGCUACAACACGGGCCCCAAUUUCCCCGUCAACUGGGACCCCAGAUACGCCAUCGCCGCCGGUUUCGGUGCGAACCCUGACCACCGCGAGAACUACCGUGUCAGCAACUCUACUCCUCGCACGCCGGCGACGAACGUCACUGGUUUCGCAUCCAACGACUACUUCGUCAACCCCAAGGACAACCCCGACGGCUUCGUCGUCAACGGUACUCUGCCUACCAACGAGGCCCAGGGUGUGCACUCACUGACCGACGUCGCGCUCUUCGCCAUGGGUCCUUGCCAGGAGACUUUCGGCGGCGUGUAUGGUAACAUCGACAUAUUCUACAAGAUGGCCAACUGCCUGGGUCUUGCGCGGCCGGACGCUAACGAGGGUGGAUCUUGCCAGAAAUAGACCACGGAGGCGACGAAACGACAAGUAACGGGUUUAAUAGAAAUUAUAUGUACAUACUUAAUACCACA